AUGAUACAGGUUAUCGAUCAUCGGGUUCGAGUAAGUCACGAGGCGGUAGGCAGACCAAAUUCGGGGAGGCCUACAUAUCACAGUGAUAGACAUCUUGGCCUUUCCUCAGUGCUGUCGUGGCUGCGUGUGGAGAUUUCUGUCCGUGAGAGAGAUCCGAGAGUGCCGCGCUUUUUACUUCAUAGAGUAGUAGACUUAUGUGGCAUAAUUAAAUGGGGAAGAGCGUCCCAUCGCUCUCCCUCGCCGAUCCUUUUAUCUCCCGCCCGCUCUUAAUAGCGUCGUGGUUAUCAGGCAUCAGGUAGCCCCUGUGGUGAGAGUUAGCCGCCCAGUUUUUUUCUUUCUAUCGUUUUGUUCUAUUUUUUUUGCGAAUGCGCUAGCGUCGAAAUGAGGAGGUGAGCAUGGUAGAGGCGACGGCAAAAGUGGCGAAGAUGGUCUCAGGAGGGGCCUGCGAAGUUUCUAGCGAAGUAGGGUAUAUUUUGCAGUAGCUCCACCAAUAUGGGAAGUUUCUAAUUCUAUACUAGGGGCACUUAAUGCCACCCUCGCAUACUUUCACCAGGCCGCCCCGCUCAAAGUUUUAGCUCCGCGCUAUAGAUGACCGGCGAGGCAUGUGACUUCACUGGUCGAGAUCUCCAAAAAGUUACUAUUUCCUUCUCCCGAUCUCUGCGCUUGGGUUUAGCUUCGGCCUGCUUUUCUGAUAUCGUUUCUUUGAGUCGUAGUUGCUUACUUAAUGUUCAAAGCAUCCGGUAGGGCGCAAGUCAGUAAAUCAGUCAUCAGUUGCGCGGCGUGUCAUACCCUUGCAGGUGUGCUGACUUGCUCAUAGGGCCCCGCUGUGUCGGGUUGCGCCUUAGAUUUUCUACAAGGGUCGAAUGUGCGGCCCUUCCGAUAGUUGUAGAAUUGUUGGCCGAAUGUACGGCCUUAUGCGCCCCCAGUAUGUAACUGUUUAAGUAGCGUUUAAUUGUUUCAAGGGGCGGUGGCAUAUAGUCCUAACUCAAAAAGAAAAUACGUGGACCGCGGUCCAGGGCGAGAAACGGGAAAACCCCCUUGGCCUUGAGCUUGUCUGUGGCUCGUUAUUGCUCCGAAAAGGUGAGGACCGGCGUCGUGCUUUUCUCCAACUUGUUGUAUUGGAUUUUGUUCAAUGAAUAGUCUACUUAUUCUUUUUGACGCCAUUCUUGAUCUAUGUGUACCCUUGGCUUCUUUUUCAACGACGGCGUGAAGAGAAGCAGGACAUGGAUUCAAUUCUGACGAUGGUUUAUGGUGCACAAGGACAAGCUGUCCCGCAAGAUCAUCACUCUACCUGUAGCUACGACGAGUAGCGCCCUGAGGGUGAAUGCGCUAUACUAACGAUCACCAGGGAGGACCAACAAGAUCUGGGUCUUGUUACUUGGAGCAUAUCGGAUUAGCAACGAAUUGGAAAUUGUAAAUUUGAAGGUGGGUGUCUAACUCCGGGAAACGUUAUCUACGCAUUAAAGACUUCGAUGUACAAGGUGCUGUUACUUACUUAGUAUUGAUAUCCUUUUCAGAAAAUCCCCCACUUUUUUAAUGUUGGACGACGAGGCAUAUGUUGUUUUUCCCAUUUUCCUUUCGUUGUGGAGUGGAUCAUCGUAUCGUUCGCCCUUCUCUUUAAAAGUAUUUAUCUUCAUGUAGCAGGUCCGCCACCUUCUGGAGUGAACAAGGCUCGGAAAUUUAUUGUGUGUGGGUUUUGAUGAUGUUGGGGCUCCUUCCUUGGUUGUGGGAGUUUGGUUUCUGAAGUGGAAGUAACAAACGAUGGAGAAAUUCGCAGGGGGACAACGGGCAUACCAAAGUUUUAGCAAAAACGAAAGAGACCUCCAUCUUGAUAUUAGUACAGAAAAACCCAACUACAAUCUAUCGAUAGACAUAGAAGAUUCAGCGGUUCACGCCCACCUACGUCGAUGCAGUUCUUUCGAUUGUAAGAAUCUUCUUAUUUGUUCAUUAUUUUAGAACCAAGGAGUACAAUUAUGUAGAAGUUGAAAUUCUGAUGAACCUUGGACAAGUACAACCUUAUUCACGAUUUUGUCAGCCACAUGACAGCACUUUCACUGAAUAUGACGAGCUUGACGGUCUACAUCAACAAGUACAAUAGAAACCAGGCAAAAGCUAAUGCCAGUGCCAGUCUUCCAUCUUAAUGUCUCAUGUGGUCUUCACUUUAUAUGUACC